AUGGUUUCAUUAGCAAAAAAAUCACCGGAAGAACGAUUGAAUAUUUGUCGUAAAUAUUAUUUAGGUGGUUUUGCUUUCUUACCACUUCUUUGGCUUAUAAAUGCUAUUUGGUUUUAUAAACAAGCAUUUAAAGUUGAACCAUAUCCUCAACAAGCAGAAAUUCGAAAAUAUGUGAUUCGAAGUGCAAUCGGUACACUUAUUUGGUGUAUUAUUAUUAUUACAUGGAAUAUUAUGUUUCAAGUAUUUCGUACUAAAAUGGGUUCUGCUGGAGAUUAUUUAACAUUUGUUAGUACAGCAGUUGCUAUUGGACUUGGUUUAGCUGUUGUUGGAUUUGCAGGUCGUUAUCUCGUUCGACAUGGGAAAAUAAUAGCAGAAAGUUUGAAUAAAACAAGUGGAGUUAUCGCUGAAGGGCUUUCAUCAAAAUAUUAUAAAGGUGGAUUUGAUCCAAAAAUGAAUCGACGUGAAGCAGCACUUAUAUUAGGUGUUAGUCCAACAGCAAAUAAAAUACGAAUACGUGAUGCAUAUAAACGAUUGAUUGUUCUCAAUCAUCCAGAUCGAGGUGGAUCACCGUAUAUUGCUGCAAAGAUUAAUGAAGCAAAAGAUUAUUUUGAAAGUGGUGCCAAAUGA